AAAUUGAACGACAUUGGUACCUUGCCGUAACAAAUUUCGCAAUUUUCUGUGCAGCCACUUCUGAGAUAUACAAUAAAGCAAGGGUUAAUUCAUACAUUAAUACAUUACCCAACUCAAUUUAACUUAACUAACUAACUCGAUACAUAUGAACUCGUAGGUCAUGUCUGAGUACAUACACGGGGAAAUUUUUCAAAAUUUGAUGGUACGAGUGCUCCGAAAUACAGACGUGACCAUGUCAAAUUUGAUCCUGAUAGAGUAGCACUAAGACACAAGGCAAGACACAGGCAAACAUGCAUACACCACAAUUAUAAAUAUGUAGAAACUUCUUGAAUUGAAAUAGAUAGUUUAGAACAGAAGUAUAAAUCUAUUAUUGAAUGUCAUUCAUGUAUUUAUUAAUUUAUAUUACACUAGGGAAUAUAUUUUAUCAAUAGUUUAUUUAAUCUCCUACCAGUAAUAAUAAAAAAGAAUCUAGCAACGACAAUUUUUACAGCAAUAAUAUACAGUGUAACCAUUUUUAUACACUUUCAGACCAAGACAGUGAUUGAAUAGCGAAUUUCUCUCAGGUUCUGACCCCAGUGAACCCAAACACCUCUUAACGAACCCUCGGAACGAGCGUAAGCCUCGCGAAAGAUGAAAACAGGAAACAAAGUAAAAGAAGCACGCGCGAAAAAUACGCAAAUAAACCCGAGCCAUUGAAAACUAGAGACAAAUACGGACAAGAUCGGAGAGGCGAAGGAGAACUGUUAAGCGCGGAAGAAAAUAAAGCAAACGGACCCGGUGAACACAAGGCAAGAUCAAAGUGCAAAGGGGGAAAAAGGAAGGAAAGCAUCGAUAAAGGAAAAAACAUUAUCCAGCAACGGACGCUGAGGAGGUAGAAGAAAACGAGCAUCGCGAGGCACGCGAUGAAAGAAAGAUCGAAACGAAGGAGUCUGCGACGGAGUGAGACAGCCAGAAGCGAGAAGGGGGAGGGAUAGAGAGAGAGAGAGAGAGAGAGAAGGUUCGGAUGUCUGCUAUUACAGAGCACCUCCGUGGUCACGGCGCACAGCCCGAUAUGGAGCAAUCUCAGAUUUCCAUCCGCCCAAAUCAAGAAUAUACGCCCUCGCCUCCCCUCGCUCUUCUUCCUCUAAGGGGGACCUCUGGCUCGUCUUCUUCGCCACCGCCGCCGUCGCUGUCGUCGUCUUGCUCGUCUCUCGGCGGAGGUGGAGGCGCUGCUCGGGGUUGGUGCUUGGCCGUUCGUGCUGGUAACAGUGCCAAAACUGCCUCAAAACGGACGACUGCUCCGUUCUUCGCGUUUCUCGCUCCCUCUAACUCCGACCGUCUCCUUCUCAUCCCCUCUGCUCCCGUGUUCCCGCUCGAUCCACCUAUCUUCAUCUUCCUCCUUGUAUCGGGCCUCUCCUCGUCCGCGGAUAACCCAUCCCAGACACGUGCCCUCUAUCCGCUUCUUACCUUUCUGCCAUCGACCACCGUUCCUCCAUUCCGCGCACGGUCUAUCCCGCCAGACGCUUUUCCCUGCUUUUCCAGCCACGUCGAGUCGCGUGCACCUUCGCGAAGUGACACCACGGCCGCGCGAUACAACAAGUGUCCGACCACGGGUCCGCGGGAGUUCAUCGUACCUCUGCUCGCGUGUCCCGUCGCGAUUACGACGAUAACGCGAGUGAUAGUUGGAAGACCGGACCACCGAUCGCACGAACCUCGGUUGGUUCGAGACUACGCGUUCGCGGUCCGUCGACCAGGAUUUAUCGAGAAGACGGAUCCUCCAGCAGGGCGCGUUCAUGUUGCCCGAAAGCAAGUUUCCCGUGACAGGGGGCACUAUGCAGACCGAGGAAGUCGUACCUCGCGCAGAAUCUACUGGUAUAGACGGUGUCCCCACAGACAGCACAUCUUUGCAGCAUCAUCUGCAUCACUCGUCGCAUAUAAAGUGUCCGUUGCCACCUCUGCUCCACAUGGCGGUCAAGCAGGAGCCUCAAGAGGAGGAGGAACGGAGUCGUGACACGAAUGCGUUGAGUCCGCAAGUAGAUGCAGACAUAUCUCUGACGUCUAUCGAUGGUAAACACCAUGGCCACGUUCACGAGGCGAGCCAUCAUCAGAUGCAGGAGCUGGAUGACAGCCCAGGCCAGACUGUUUCGGAUCUCAAUAACAGAGGAAGACCAAGUCGAGGACGGAGGAAGUCCCGCUGGAAGCUCAAGUUCCACCACCAAGCACUGCCCCCAGAGUACCUGGACCACUACGAAGCGUCGCUGGCCCAAGAAGCCUUGAACUCAUCGCCGACGCACAUGGCGGAGCCGACGGUUCCUAGCCCAGCGCCGACCAGCUCGACUUCGACGCCCAGCCCCAUCGCCGAUGUGCACGGUUGGUUGCAACGAAUUGCUGCGAUGCAACAGGAGCUUUGUCCUCAGAUAUCGUCCCCUCAGUGUUCGACAGCGAACUCGAGUCAGCCCUCAGGCUCGAGGAGGUCCGUGAUCACGUCGACCUCCUCCCAUGGCUUCAAUCCCAACCACCAUAACCACGCGCACCAGUCUCAGGCGUCCAGCAGACCGCCGAUGAAGUACUCGGACCUGCCCUACAUGGGCGAGAUCACGUUGGACAACAGCAAACCGAGAAGAGGUCGGAAGCCCAAGAAGGCGGACAUUUGCCACCUGAUCUACAAGAAUUACGGGACCAUACUGCCUGGCACACCCGGCCACGAGGAGAGGAGGCUGUCGCCCAGGGACAAGCUCGAUUGUCGCGAGCGAGUCUCGCCGCAGAUCCCGUUCCAGAGGACGGACGUGCAAAACAGGAUCAGCAGCUUGUUGGAGAAGAGGCUGACGCAGGAGUCUCGUCGAACGUUCGGGCUGAUGGAGCACUCGAAGGAGCAGGACGAGCCGCUGAACCUCUGCAUCAGGGACUUGAAUCAGCUGAAGAUCAGGCUGCUACGGAAGCACGGGAACGUUUACGAAUCUGGCCACGUGAAGAGUGAAACGUCCAGCGAUGGAGAGGAGGUCGAGUGCAUAGGCACCACGUUCUCUUCGGACCCUGGGUACCGUCCAGUAGACUCCAUCGCUCGUGUGGGUGCCAAUGUGAAUCAUAAUAAUAAUAAUAUAAUAGACCCCAUGCUCAGCGCCAACCCUGGCUUCGUUUACUGGCCCAACGCAGGCGUGUUCAUCCAUCCCAUGGCUCUCCAAUCUCAGCUCCUCUACUACCAAAAAAUGACCCAGAACGACAAGUGCUGUCCCAGACCAGCGGACCAACCGAAGGAGCAGAAGAUCGUCCCGAAGUCCCUCUACUCCAUGAUGGAGACGAAGAGUCCGCCCGUGGCAUCACCUCCGACGCAACCUACACCGCAAACCGCGCCAGUGCCGCCUCCCGUUUCCCCUAGACCGAAGAGGAACGCACCAGUCGGUCAGAGCCAGAGCCAACCGACCAAGAGGAAACGCUCCGCGAUAUUCAUCCCGCCGAUGCCCACCGAGAACAACAACAACCCCGCGACGGAGGUCAGCAUAUGCAAGUUCAAGUUUACCGGUGGCGCAAAGCCGAGUCUGCAGGAGAAGAAGAGCUUGUCGGUGGACUCCGGAGGUAACUUCAGGUACUACAGCGGAACUGGAGACAAGAGUAUGCGUGGCUACGAGUUUUUCCCUAGAGAAGCUCUUCAACAGUCGGCUGGACAGUCAGGCUCCUCCACGGGAGCGUUCCUCAGCGCGGCUGGCGAGAGGAUUCAGCCUGCUCCGUGUCAAAGGACCACCAAUCAGGAGGAAGGUCGACGCAAGAGGAAAACACGGAAGUCACUGCAGAGGGAGAAGCUGGAGCAGACGUUCAAGGAGAAGGGGUUCCUUAUUCAAACGCAGCAGCUGGAGUCCGCAGAGGGUGCCACCUACUGCAAGUUCAGGCAGCUGAGGAAGUUCACCAGGUAUCUGUUCAGAAGCUGGAAGGACUAUCUUCCGGGCAAUGUGCGCGAGUUGACUGGUGCCGCGGACAGCGAGAUCGUCGAUGGGGAUGUCGAGAGUGACCCAAACGCGCUACCAUCCCCAGGUCCCCAUCCCAACAUGGUGGACGUGUCGACGGGGUUCGUCGACGAUCAUCGCGCGCUACCUCUGACGUGAAACGGUGAAGUCGAUUCCUGAGGUGAUCGGUUAUACCUUGACGUAAUUUUUGCUGGUGUCACGUCGAUGUACCGAGGAUAAGAAGUAGCUUGGUGCAAUCUGAAGGUUGAUAGCGCGUGACCAGGUGCGAAGAAAAUAGGAGGUUUCGAGAGGGAUAUCUGUCUGAUCUCAGAUUUUGUGUUCUGUCGCGUUGAAGGCGUUGGAGGGGUUACGGGAGGUCUGAGUUUGUUUCAAUUUUUCUUUCAAUUUUUCUUUCAUUUCGACAGUUUGAAGUGUGUUUGAUGUUAAAUGUGCCUCUUGAAUCAUGGUACUGAUUUUUAAUUAAUCGAAACUUAAUAGCUCAAAGCGGACGAAAGUGGCCUUACUGUUUGUUUACGAGUGAUGGAGUUUGGCUGAUUUAGAAGAAGGUGAUACUUGGAAGAAACGGAGGUAUAUUUUUGGAAGAAACUUUUAUGGGAAGGUCUUCUAACUUUAGGGGCGCAAAAAUGGAACGACCUCGGAAUUUAUUGGAAGGAAAAUAAUUGUUGCAUAUCCUUUGGAAUAUACCGUGGUGGAUUUUCUAAAACCUCUAAAGUGAGAAGGUCUCUCAAUAUGGUAGAAAGUUGUACUAAAUUUGAAAAAUUGUUAUUAAAAGAUAAAAUCUAUACCGAAUACUUAAAAGCAGAUCUGGGCAGAAAUUACUUGCGGCACGUAAGGAGAAAUAGUGUUUCAAAUAAUCCUUUGAAUUAAUGAUUUUUAUGGCAAGGAAAAUUAAAGCAAGACAUUUUAACUAUUCAAAAUAUUCUUUAAACUGAAUUCUAAAUUCUAUAUUUUAAACAUGCACAAAGAAAUAUUUGAAGAGCAUUUGUUGCGAUAUAAACAUAAUUCGUUUGGAAAUGUAAUAACGAAGUAGUUCAGAGAAAAAAAAGUCUUCUAAUUUAAAUAAAUUAAAGUGUCAUCAGAAAAAUGAUCAGAAAAUAACGUUCGAUGAAAUACAAUUAAAUUAAUCAUUCUGACUUUGAUUAAUGUCCAGGUCUGUGAAAGCGUUUAAUGCACAAACAUAUUAACAUUGAGCGGAGAAGGACAAACACUGCUGAAACGAAUUUAUUUUUGCGAAGGAGCUUUAACGUGCGCCUGAAAGUGCAACGUCUUCGUCGCUGCUGCAAACGUUACUUGCAUUUAUUGCAUUCAACGAUGUCUAACUGCCUUAUUACCAUAUCGUUAGGAGUUCUCGCGCAAUUUGUAGAUGGGUCGAAAUGAGAAUACAAUGACUAGAGGAAUUUAUGUCAACGGGGGUUCGACCUAUUCGCGGUAUUCGCCGUCGCAUAUCUCGUUCGAUAUCGAGAAGUAUUUCUAUCGAACGACUGUCUUGAUUCUUUCUUAUAAAAACGGUUUAAAGUCAACGCAAUAAAUAUUUACAAUGGAACGUACCUACUCUUGUAUAAGUAUAUAUUGUAAAAUUUUCAAACAGCGACGUGCUUACACUCACUUGCUGAUAUGCAAACACCUGAAUUGAAAUAAAUUGAAACUAAAUGACACUUGAAAUCAAUGAGAAGCACACAGUCGUAAACAGUCGCGAUCCAAUCGAUGAUUGAAUUAGUUUCAUUAAGUGGCAAAUAUAGUACAAGGAUUUCGUCGUCAUCUCGUUUUAUUAGCUACGCGGGCGUGUCGACUGUCGUCUGUGAUAUGACACAGAAGGCGGGAACGAUCAGGAUAUUAAUAAAAAGCUAGUAACGAACCUUGAAAGAAUCUGUCGACAAUAUGACUCUGUUAUGCUGAUAGCUCAAACCUCGUGGGAAGUAAAGCGUUAAUAUGAACUCAUGCUGCUAAAAAUUGCAAAACCAUUUUAUUAAAAAAUUGAUGACCAAAAAUUUGAGUGACCGUAAAUCUGUGUCACACUGUACAUUAGUAAUAUUUGAUUCAUUGUCUUACCAUCCAAGACAGUAAAUUGUUAGUACGAACUAAAUUGGUAAAAAUUUCAAUCAGAAACAUACGAUCAAAAACGUGAGUGAACGUGAAAUUAUGUGGCGCACUGUAUAUUACCAAUACCUAAUCAAUUUUCUUACCAUCCAAGACAUGCUACCACCAUCGUCGAUUCCUCCCUGCCUGUCGUGCUACUUCUUGCUCUAUUUCAUUGUGUCGUUUAGACAAUGAGACGCAACAGACACGAAAUCGAUCGUCCCGAUCGUUUAAUCCACUUAAACGAUCCAUAAAUCGGCAAGUGGGUGUACCGGUGUCGACGCGUCGUUUAACAGCGUUUCGAUCGAUCGUUUCGCGAGAAACAAGACGGCUCGUUCGAUUCAUGUACGAGGACUGUAAUUAGUAAUCGCGCAAGGUGAGCGGGAGAGCGGAGAGAGAAAAUAGGCGGUGAUUCGCGGCGACGUUAUCGCCGUGAGGCGAUUUAAUAAUAAUGUAAAUUCGAUCGUAGUUCCGUGCCAAAGAUGGGAGACUGGAAUGUACAUAGCGCUGAAAGAACGUGUUAACCAAAGAGUGGUUUCGUGCUCACCGAUUAGAAGCGGAUGCGACGAUAAUCUGCGUUAAGGGGCGUCAGGCGAUAAAUUCAGGUUUCUAUCGGCUCGACCAACCACCCUGAGAACUUUCCUCCGCCGAUUUUGCAAUGCAUUUCGCGUGGCUAGCCUCGCAGACCUGGGCAUAGUUUACUUUCGGAGGAAAAUCAGGCGUGACUAUAUUUAAGAACGAUUUUGGUUUUUAUUUUUCAGGAAUAAAGUUAGUUGAGCAUCAUUCAUCCAUUGAUUUAUUUGAGUGUUUAAAUAGUGUCUAAAUAAAUUAAACUGUGAGGUAACAUUCAUAUAGUUUGCGUGAUACAAUAAUUUAUCAAAAAUUUAUUAAAAAAAAUUCUUCGUAGGUACGUUUUGUAGAAAUUAUUACCACGUCUGUGUAUUUAAAAGUGUAAACACAUACAUGAACAUAGAUAUGCAAAAUGUCAGUGAACUAUAUUUUUUAUGAAAAUUGUUUUCUCUCGGUAGACCAUGCAAUUUUAUCAUUUGAAUAAUACAGAGAAAUUUACGAUACGUUGGUUUUUUCCAAUAAUAAAUAAUAACUUCAUUAUUUUAAAUAGGGAAAUAUGAUUUUCAAAAUUAUUUCGUACAAUACGACAAUGUAAUUGUAUUUCGAAAUGAAAUAAUCAUGCAAAAAUGUAACGUGUUUCUUUUACAUAAAGGAUCUCAAAUAAUAUUAAUAAUAAACAACGUUUUGUAAAAUGAUGAGAAUAAAUGGAUUUAAAAUAGUGUUACCUCAAAAUUGGUCGGAUACGGUGCAGAAAUAUUAUUUACAAAAAUAAUUUCGUGAAAUAAGAUAAUCCAAUUGGAUUUCAAAAAUAAAAUAACCGUACAAGAAUGAAAAUAAUCAAACUUCGAAUAACGUUACUUAAAAAGUGCCCAGGUGAGACGUCUCGUAAGAGCGAAACGGAGAUAGCGAGCGUGAGAGAGAUCAAGACUCGGAACAGAACAGAAUACGAAAGUAUGGCCGUAGAGAAUGCCCGUCGUUAUCAUUAUAUCACAUAUACAUAUAUAUAUAUAUUUUUUUUUUUAAUCGUAAGUUACACACGCGAAUUAUUUAAUAACGCCUAACGAAAUCUAGUCUUGUUUAUACUCUUUGUUAAAUCAAAUGCCGUGUUUUUCUUUUUAUUAUUAUUAUUAUUAUUAUUAUUAUAUAGCGAUUUAUUUAUGUGCGCAUACGGCAGAAUGCGACGAAAGGGUGAAUGUAUGUACGAAUCGAGAAAGAACCGUGCCUUUUGUGCGCGUAUCGAGAUGUCGACGGAGCGACGAAAGUCUGAAAACAUUUGUUGGGUGAACCGAUGAACGUUCGAACGGAUGGUGGAAGCGUGAAUGAAAACGAUCGUACCUGAGGUUCGCGAUUAGUUUAUCGGGUCCUUAGAUAUGACUCGUACUCGUAUAUUCACCGAUUUCUCUUUUCCAACAUACCAUACCGCGGUUCGGUCGUCGACGGAGCUCCAUCGUGCGAAAAAAUAAUAGCGCUCGAACGAUGAUCGUAUCGAAAUAACGAGAAAAGAGUGCAACAGGAACCGUCCUAUAUCCAUAUCGUUAUUAUCCUGUGCAGCGACACGUUAGAGCCAUUUUGUACGUAUUGCCGAUUGUAAAUUGAUCAAUUCUUAUAGUCUGUAAUAAUAAAGCGUAAUUGUUACUUAUA